CGGCGCCGAGCGAAGCUCAGAGCUACUGGGUUCAGAGCAGAGAGGCGGCUGCUGCGGCAGCGGCGGCGAGAGGGAGGGACGGAGGCAGGCGGGCGCAUGGGGUGCCCAGGUCCCGCCGGCAGCGCGCCCCCUCCGGCCCGGCCGCGCUGAUCGCUCAGCGCCUCGAACCCUCGCCCCGAGGCCAUGCCGGUCAUGAAGGGGUUGCUGGCCCCGCAAAACACCUUCCUGGACACCAUCGCCACCCGCUUUGACGGCACGCACAGCAACUUCCUCCUGGCCAACGCACAGGGUCCACGAGGCUUUCCCAUCGUCUACUGCUCCGACGGCUUCUGUGAACUCACAGGCUACGGCCGUACUGAGGUCAUGCAGAAAACCUGCAGUUGCCGGUUCCUCUAUGGCCCAGAGACCAGUGAGCCAGCCCUACAGCGGUUGCACAAAGCCCUGGAGGGCCACCAGGAGCACCGAGCUGAAAUCUGCUUCUACAGAAAGGAUGGCUCAGCCUUUUGGUGUCUCCUGGACAUGAUGCCCAUCAAGAAUGAGAUGGGGGAAGUUGUGCUGUUCCUCUUUUCUUUCAAGGACAUCACUCAAAGUGGAGGCCCAGGACUUGACCCUCCAGGAGCCCAUGGGGACAGUAAUCAUGAAAACUCCCUUGGUCGGAGGGGAGCCAGCUCAAAACUUCGGUCCACCAGGAGGCAGAACCGGACUGUCCUACACCGACUGACUGGUCACUUUGGUCGCCGGGGCCAGGGAAGCAUCAAGGCCAAUAAUAAUGUGUUUGAGCCAAAGCCAUCAGUGCCUGAGUACAAGGUGGCCUCCGUGGGGGGAUCCCGCUGUCUCCUCCUCCACUACAGCGUCCCCAAAGCUGUCUGGGAUGGUCUCAUCCUCCUUGCCACCUUCUAUGUUGCGGUCACCGUCCCCUACAACGUCUGCUUCUCAGGCGAUGACGACACUCCCAUCACUUCACGACACACCCUUGUCAGUGACAUCGCUGUGGAGAUGCUCUUCAUCCUGGAUAUCAUCCUGAACUUCCGUACCACCUAUGUGUCCCAAUCCGGCCAGGUGAUCUCUGCUCCUCGUUCCAUUGGCCUCCACUACCUAGCCACCUGGUUCUUUGUGGAUCUUAUCGCCGCUCUGCCCUUUGACCUGCUUUAUGUCUUCAAUAUCACCGUGACCUCGCUGGUGCACCUGCUGAAGACAGUGCGGCUGCUGCGGUUGCUGCGCCUGCUGCAGAAGCUGGAGCGGUACUCGCAGUGCAGCGCUGUGGUGCUCACGCUGCUUAUGUCCGUCUUUGCACUCCUUGCUCACUGGAUGGCCUGCGUUUGGUAUGUCAUCGGGCGCCGGGAGAUGGAGGCCAAUGACCCGCUGCUCUGGGACAUUGGCUGGUUGCAUGAGCUGGGCAAGCGGCUGGAGGUGCCCUACGUGAACGGCUCGGCGGGCGGCCCGUCGCGGCGCAGCGCCUACAUCGCUGCGCUCUACUUCACGCUCAGCAGCCUCACCAGCGUGGGCUUCGGCAACGUGUGCGCCAACACCGACGCGGAGAAGAUCUUCUCUAUCUGCACUAUGCUCAUUGGUGCGCUGAUGCAUGCCGUAGUGUUCGGGAACGUGACAGCCAUCAUCCAGCGCAUGUACUCACGCCGCUCACUGUACCAUAGUCGUAUGAAGGACCUCAAGGACUUCAUCCGUGUGCACCGCCUGCCGCGCCCCCUCAAGCAGCGCAUGCUUGAAUACUUCCAGACCACGUGGGCGGUCAACAGUGGCAUCGACGCCAAUGAGUUACUGCGUGACUUCCCAGACGAGCUGAGAGCUGACAUUGCUAUGCACCUGAAUCGGGAGAUCCUGCAGCUACCGCUAUUUGGAGCAGCAAGCAGGGGCUGCCUGCGGGCCCUCUCCCUGCACAUCAAGACCUCGUUUUGUGCUCCGGGCGAGUACCUGCUGCGCUGUGGGGAUGCGCUGCAGGCACACUAUUACGUCUGCUCCGGCUCGCUGGAGGUGCUCCGAGACAACAUGGUGCUGGCCAUCCUGGGGAAGGGGGACCUGAUUGGGGCAGAUAUCCCUGAGCCUGGGCAGGAGACUGGGUCGGGAGCAGGCCCAAGCUGUGUGCUGAAGACCAGCGCUGACGUGAAAGCUCUGACCUACUGUGGCCUGCAGCAGCUGAGCAGCCGAGGGCUGGCUGAGGUCCUGCGGCUGUAUCCUGAGUACGGGGCUGCCUUCCGGGCUGGCCUGCCCCGGGACCUUACCUUCAACUUGCGCCAGGGUUCUGACACCAAUGGUCUUAGCCGUUUUUCCCGAUCCCCUCGCCUCUCCCAGCCUCGUUCGGACAGUCUUGGCUCCUCCUCAGACAAGACUCUACCAUCUAUCACAGAAGCUGAGGGUGGCACGGAGUCUGGGGGUGGUCCCAGACCCCGACGGCCUCUCCUGCUGCCCAAUCUCAGCCCAGCCCGGCCCCGGGGCUCUUUGGUCAGCCUUUUGGGUGAAGAGCUGCCCCCCUUCUCAGCCCUUGUCUCCUCUCCUUCCCUGUCCCCAUCAACUUCCCCUGCCCUGGCUGGCCGGGGCCAGAGCCCCCCCCCCCAUGCCCCCCCCAGGUGCACUACUGCCUGGAAGCCUCCCCAGCUUCUCAUUCCCCCACUGGGAACCGUUGGACCUCCGGACCUCAGUCCCCGGGUAGUGGAUGGCAUUGAGGACUCUGGCAGCACAGCUGAGGCCCCUACAUUCCGGUUCAGCAGGAGGGCUGAGCCCCCAAGGCCCCGCUUGCAGGCCCCCUCUACAGGUACCAGACCCAGCCGGGAAUUGGCCACUGAGGCUGAGGAGGUGAAGGAAAAGGUCUGCAGGCUGAACCAGGAGAUCUCCCGCCUCAACCAGGAAGUGUCUCAGCUGAGCCAGGAGCUGCGGCAUGUGAUGGGCCUGCUGCAGGCCAGGCUGGGUCCCCCAGGCCACCCAGCAGUCUCAGCUUGGCCCCCGUGCCCUCCUUAUCCCCAGCAGAGACCACCACACAUCUCUCCUUGUGUGUCUGGACCACCACCCAACCUCCAGGAUACUACGCUUGCUGAGGUCCACUGCCCGGCCAGUGUGGGAACAGAGGAGAUGGACCUGAGACCUUCCAUGUUGGCCCCCUAUCCUUCAGAGCCUGACCCUCUGGGACCCUCCCCAACGCCAGAAGCUUCACCCCCUACCCCAAGCCUUCUGAGGCAAAGCUACCAGUCUAGGUCAGACACAUUCCACUGACCCCGGCCCCAGGCCCAGGCCUGUCUGGGGUGGGCAUUGCUGCCUGCUAUCCAGGGAGGAGCUGGGCCCCUUGGCCUCCUGCCUCGGGGUCAGCAGCCACCAGCUGGUCUGGUUGGCUCUGGAUUCUCUGGACUUUUUAACAAAGCGUGGUCACCUCGACCCUGUUCCCUUUUCCAAAUCUUCCCUCAUCUUUCUCUGUGAGGGGAGCCACCUGAGGCCGUGGAAUCCAGCAGGCAUGAGAUGGACUGUGGUGCCUUUGGGCUGGGCAGAUGAGAUGUCCUAUUUUCUCUCCAGGACUUGGAGGCAGGCUGUCACUCAAGGUGGUCUCUUCUGCUGCCAGCAAUUCAAAACAUUCCCAGAAUCACUCCCUAUCCUGCCCCCAACCCCAGACUCCAGCCAAGCCUGUUCUUCCCCAUAUCCACCUGGUCUCAUUCAGGACCUGGACUUCUCAAAAACCUGCCCUGGUCUCCAGCUUUCCUUUCCCACCCAGCACCCUGGGCUCACUUUUGGAUAGGAAAUAAACUCUUUUAUUUUUGUA